AUAUAUGUUAAAAAGUUGGAGAAUUCAAUCAGAAAGAAGUAGUUCUAUCUUAUAGUUGAGUGUUUCCUUUCUUCUUUCCUCUCUUCUCAUACAAAACUUAAACCUUCUUCACCACAAAUAAAGAAGAAAGAAGAAAAAAAAAACAAGAAUUUGUUUCCCAUGUGGUUUCUCAUUGCCUAGUAUUUGCAAAGAUUAUUGUUCCUGGUUUUAAUUAUUCUCAUAAAAGUUUUUAUACGAGUGGAAUAAGCUGGAGAUCUCAUAUGGAGGCUAGAAGAUCAAUAGAAGAUGCAUGCAAAAGAAGGUUACAAAAAAUCAAAGUUAAGGAAGUGGGAGUGAAGCCUCUUCAAUUUCCUUUUCAAGAGAAGAGUACAAAUUGCAAGUUCCAUCCUCUAAAGCUUGUGUUAUUUGUCAUUGUAAUAGCCACUUUCUUCUUGAUUCUCUCCUCCAACUCCGUUUGUCAAAAUAAAAAUGCCUCAGAUUCAAGGCAACAUUUUGUGAACAGGUGGAUAUGGGGUGCUACAGAUCCUAGAUACAUAUCAGAUGUUGACAUCAGUUGGGAGGAAGUAUCUCAAGUUUUAGAACAAUUGCCUGAAAAGAAAGUUGUUGAGAACAUAGGUCUUCUUAAUUUCGACGAAGAUGAAAUCAUUGAAUGGAGACAAGUUGUUCCUAGUGCCAACCAAACAGUCCUUCACCUUGACUAUGCCGAAAAAAACAUAACAUGGGAAACAUUGUACCCUGAGUGGAUUGAUGAAGAACAAGAAAAUGAAGUUCCAAGUUGUCCUUCUUUGCCAAAACUAGAAGUCCCUAGGACUCGUAUCGAUCUCAUAGCUGUCAAGUUACCUUGUAGAAAUGAAGGGAAUUGGUCUAGAGAUGUUGCGCGAUUGCACUUGCAACUUGCUGCUGCUGGUUUAGCUUCCUCUGCUAAGGGUAAACAUCCUGUCCAUAUGCUUUUCAUAACCAAAUGCUUCCCAAUACCGAAUCUUUAUAGGUGCAACGAGCUCGUUGCUAGAAAAGGUAACGCGUGGUUGUACAAGCCAGAUUUGAGUGUUCUAAGAGAAAAACUUCAACUUCCUGUUGGAUCAUGUGAACUUGCACUUCCCUUUGGUACAACAGCAGAGGAAGAACAUUCGGCGAACAAAAGGCGCGAAGCAUAUGCAACGAUAUUGCAUUCAGCUCAUGUGUAUGUAUGUGGAGCCAUAGCAGCAGCACAAAGCAUUAGAAUGGCAGGGUCGACACGAGACCUUGUGAUUCUCGUUGACGAUUCGAUUGGUCAGUAUCAUAGAAGUGGACUUGAAGCAGCAGGCUGGCAAGUUAGGACAAUACAAAGAAUAAGAAAUCCUAAAGCUGAGAAAGAUGCCUACAAUGAGUGGAAUUAUAGCAAAUUCAGACUAUGGCAACUGACUGAUUAUGACAAGAUCAUAUUCAUUGAUGCUGAUCUGCUUAUACUUAGAAAUAUAGACAUCUUAUUUAGGAUGCCACAGAUUUCAGCCACGGGAAACAAUGGAACGCUUUUUAACUCUGGAGUCAUGGUUAUCGAGCCAUCAAAUUGCACGUUUCAGCUCCUAAUGGAUCACAUAAAUGAGAUUGAGUCCUAUAAUGGAGGCGACCAAGGCUACCUAAACGAGAUAUUCACGUGGUGGCAUCGGAUACCAAAGCAUAUGAACUUCUUGAAAAACUUCUGGAUUGGCGACGAUGAAGUAGUGAAAGCAAAGAAAACACAUCUUUUCGGGGCUGAACCUCCAAUUCUUUAUGUCCUACAUUACCUCGGAUACAAGCCAUGGUUGUGUUUUCGGGACUAUGAUUGCAACUGGAACGUAGACAUCUUACAAGAAUUCGCGAGUGAUGUUGCACAUCACAAGUGGUGGAAAGUGCACGAUGCAAUGCCCGAGCAGCUGCAGGACUUUUGCCUGCUGAGAUCAAAGCAGAAGGCACAAUUGGAAUGGGACAGAAGGGAAGCAGAGAAGGCAAAAUAUGUUGAUGGACAUUGGAAAAUCAAGAUCAAAGAUCGACGACUCAAGAGAUGUACAGACAGGUUAUGCAAUUGGAAGGGUAUGUUAAAGCAUUGGGGAGAGAAGAAUUGGACAGAUGAUCCAUUUUUUCACCCCUCACCACCAACCUUAAAAACCAACAAAACCAAAACAUCCUCCCUUUCUGGUACAUAACAAGCACUUUUUUCUGCUUUUUUGCUAAGUGGAGCCCUGUGUUCAAUCUUGUGGUAAGAGGGUAAAGGACAUGAAGUUGCUUUCAGAAGCAAAGUUAGUCUUUUGAUGAAAUUUCAGCUUUGAUAUAUACAUAGGUUUUGUGCUAUGUGUUGGACAGUACCCUCAUUUUGUGAGGUACUUUUAUAGAGUUCUCAGAUUUUAUACUUAUGUUUUGUAUGUUUCCACUCUACAUUAAUUAUAUUCAAGUCUUUUUGACAUUUUUA